AUGUUUGAGGAUAUGAACUCUUCUGUUAUGCAGAGGCCUUAUCGCCGCUAUAUUCAGCGCAUUGAGGAGAUGGAGCGUAUGGUUCGUUUCCUGAGCAAGGAGGUUGAGAACAUGCCAAAUGUCGAGGUCAGCAAGAACCGUAUCGAUGACUUCUUGGACCACGACGAUGAGUUCACCCUUGAUUCGCUCGAGGCCGAGGUCAAGAGAGUCUAUGAGAGGUUCUGUCGUUUCCACAGUAACAAUGAGGAGAUGACCGAUGAGCUUGAGGCCGCUGUUGAAGAGUUGAAUGUUGUUAAGGACAGCAUUUCAACUGGUUUCCUCGCUGCAGGAGAGGGUCUGAGUCAACCUCUCCUUGAGGGCGAGCCCACUGGCCAAGGUUCUCGCCGUAGAGAAGAUCACAUGCAGUUCUCUAACAUUGCUGGUGUUGUGAAGAUGGAGGAUCAGGAGAGCUUUGCCAGAACUGUGUUCCGUGCUACUCGUGGUAACACCUUCACUCAGUUCGUGGAGAUCCCUGAUACUCGCAAGAGUGUCUUCGUCAUCUACUUCCAGAGCACUACUGCGGCUUCGGCUAUGUCGGCUAAGGUUCACCGUAUUUGCAGUGCUGUCGGUGUCCACAUCUAUCAGUGGCCUUCAUGUAAGGAUGAGGCUAUGCAGAGGAUCGCUGAUCUCGAGACUGUCAUUGCUGAUAAGCGUCGUGCUCUUGCUGGUUUCUCCAAGUACACCCUUGACGAGGCACGCAGUCUGUUGGAGCCUAUCCGUAUGGGAGGCAACUCUCGUAUUGAGGAGUGGAGGUUAUUCUGCAUCGAGGAAAGGAGUAUCUAUGCUACUCUCAACCUCUUCGAGGGGUCUGUCUCGAUGAGAUGUGAUUGCUGGUAUCCGACCAAGGAUAAGGAUUCUAUUCGUGAA